AUGAUCAGUAAAGGCCCGAUUCGAAUUGGAAAUGUUUCCGGUGCAACGGGUGACAUGCCCACCGCCAUGGCUCGAAUGGUGGCUGAAGACAAUAUCGAUGUGAUUACUGGUGAUUGGCUCUCUGAAAUGAAUAUCGCCUGGAAUGCAAUCACGAAGAGGGACAAUCCAGACCUCGGUUACGAAAAUGGCUUCUUCGUGCAGCUUGAAGAAUGCCUCGAUGACAUUGUGGCCAAAGGUAUCAAGGUCAUCACGAACGCAGGAGCAUUGAAUACUCUAUCUUUGACGCGGAAGGUACGAGAUCUUGUCACAGCGAAAGGUCAUGAUUCGGUCAUAGUGGCUGCUGUACUUGGAGACGACAUUUCAGACCUUCUAGGGGAUUCAGAGCGCCGGAAAGACUUGUCCUUCCCACACUUGGAUCACAUUGAGCAGACUUUGGACGGUUGGGAGCUGGAGCCCUUUUGCGGAAACGCUUAUAUCGGCUGCCGGGGAAUAGUUGAGGCUCUGAACUCCGGAGCAAGUAUCGUGAUCUGUGGACGUUGCACUGAUGCUUCUCCUGUCAUGGGCGCGGCUGCGUGGCAUUUCGGAUGGAAUGUGGAAGAGCAGUACAACGAGCUGGCGGGAGCAUUGCUUGCCGGGCAUCUGAUUGAAUGCGGCGCCUACGUCGUGGGGGCUAACUUCUCUGGUUUCAAGGACUUUCUGGACGAGUUGGUAGAUAUGGCCUUUCCCAUUGCCGAGAUCGAUGUUCAGGGGAGAUGUGUGAUCACCAAGACAUCAACCGGAGGUGGUCACGUUACGCCCGAAACGGUGAAGGCUCAGACUUUGUAUGAAUUGCAAGGCCAUCUCUACCUCAACCCAGACGUUGUGGCAGAUCUUUCUCUGAUCCAAAUCGAAGCGGAAGAAGACUCGGAAGAUCGAGUUCGAGUGUCGGGGGUUGUUGGUCUUCCACCUCCACCGACCACCAAAGUCAUGUUCGCCGCGCCGGGAGGAUAUCAAGCUGAAGCUACCUUUUUCAUAAACGGACUUGAUGUCGAGGCGAAAGCUCGAAUGAUGAAGAGGCAACUGGAAUACGUCUUCAAGAAGAGCAAUUUUAGCAAGUUGAGUAUCGAACUGUACGGGUCCGAAGUCGAAAACCCUGAGAGCCAGCAGGCCGGAACUGUACAAUUGCGAGUUUUUGUGCAGGCUCGAAAAAGGGAAGAUAUCUCGGCGCGCAAUUUCAAGACUCCGAUAUAUGCUCUGAGAAUGCAAAGCUAUCCAGGAUACCACAUGAACCUUGAUUUCAGGACAAUGGAGCCCAAGCCAUUCAUGGAAAUAUUUCCCGCGAUCAUUCCCCUUUCUGCUGUCCAGCAUCGGAUUGAUGUCGGAGACGGGAGAAUCAUCGAAAUCUCACCGCCAACCAAGACAGCAGAAUAUCCAACACCCAGGCCCUCAUACGAGACGCAAGACCCGAUCGAUGUGACCUCGCUUGGGCCCAUGGUCAAGGCUCCGCUUGGUAGCAUUGUGCACGCCCGAUCGGGCGAUAAAGCCGAUAAUUCCAAUAUUGGCUUCUUCGUUCGACACGAGGAUGAAUAUCCGUGGUUGAGGACCCUGUUAACGGUGGAGAGACUCAAGUCACUAUUCGGCCAAGACUGGUUUAAAUGCAAUCCUUUCCGGCGAGUCGAGCGAGUCGAAUUCCCCAACAUUCUCGCGGUACAUUUUCGAGUUCUUGACAACCUGAAUGGUGGUAUAGCAUCCUCCGAUCGUAUAGAUGGUCUGGGUAAGGGAAUUGGCGAAUACCUCCGGAGCAAGCAUGUAGACAUCCCUGCCAAAUUUUUGGAGCGGGGUCGCAUUUAG